AUGCCAUCUACGCAGAACACUGCCAUGAUGGACGUCAGCACUAUGGCUGCACACCAUGGAUACUCCGCCCAUGCUCCGCUUUCUCCCACACAACUCCCCGGUCCUAUUGCUUCGUACGCCGGAUCUAGCAGGUGGAUAAACGCUGUUGCGACUAUGACUCCCGAACCGAAGAAGCGCGCGAAGGUGUAG